AUGUCAUUAGUAACAUCACAACCUGCAUUUCAGAAACACUUCCCUGCCCUGAAGGAGAAGGCAGAGAAAGAAAAGUGUACUGUACCUACCCUGCCCUGUGCUGCCCCCAUCUCUCCGCAAACUGACCCCCAGCACAUGAGGGAGAUCCUGGCCCUGCUGGAGCUGGAGUUUGCCGAGUUCAGAGAGCUCACUCUGGCCCGGCUCUCCAAGGCAUAUCUCCCUCUGCAGCAGCAGCGGGAGCAGACCCAGCGCAGCAGAGAGAACAGCACAGCCUCUGCUGCCCUGAGGGAGGAGAGCACAGGCCUGAGGCAGAACAACCAGGCCCUGAGAGCCCAGCUGGCCUACAAUCCCCCAUUUCCCAGUGCCCCAGUCAGACUGGUGGGUGGAAAUGAUUUGUGCUCUGGCAGAGUGGAGAUCUACAAUGCUGGCCAGUGGGGAACAGUGUGUGAUGACUCCUGGGACCUAAACGAUGCUGAGGUGGUGUGUAGACAGGUGGGAUGUGGCAGUGCUCAGGCUGCUCCAGGCAGUGCCCACUCUGGACAGGGCAGCGGGCUCAUCUGGUUGGAUGAUGUGAGCUGUUCUGGAAGUGAAUCCUCCCUGUCAGAGUGCCAGCACUCUGGGUUUGGGUCUCACAACUGUGGCCAUCAUGAAGAUGCGGCUGUGGUUUGCACUGCCGGUGCCCAGGUCAGACUGGUAGGUGGAGAUGAUCAGUGCUCUGGCAGAGUAGAGAUCUACAAUGAUGGCCAGUGGGGAACAGUGUGUGAUGACUCCUGGGACCUAAGCGAUGCUGAGGUGGUGUGUAGACAGGUGGGCUGUGGCAGUGCUCAGGCUGCUCCAGGCAGUGCCCACUCUGGACAGGGCAGCGGGCCCAUCUGGUUGGAUGAUGUGAGGUGUUCUGGAAACGAAUCCUCCCUGUCAGAGUGUAGACACUCUGGGUUUGGGUCACAUGACUGUACUCACCCAGAAGAUGCUGCUGUGGUUUGCUCAGACAAUCCCCCAUUUCCCAGUGCCCCAGUCAGACUGGUGGGUGGAAAUGAUUUGUGCUCUGGCAGAGUGGAGAUCUACAAUGCUGGCCAGUGGGGAACAGUGUGUGAUGACUCCUGGGACCUAAACGAUGCUGAGGUGGUGUGUAGACAGGUGGGCUGUGGCAGUGCUCAGGCUGCUCCAGGCAGUGCCCACUCUGGACAGGGCAGCGGGCCCAUCUGGUUGGAUGAUGUGAGGUGUUCUGGAAACGAAUCCUCCCUGUCAGAGUGUAGACACUCUGGGUUUGGGUCACAUGACUGUACUCACCCAGAAGAUGCUGCUGUGGUUUGCUCAGUCAGACUGGUGGGUGGAAAUGAUUUGUGCUCUGGCAGAGUGGAGAUCUACAAUGCUGGCCAGUGGGGAACAGUGUGUGAUGACUCCUGGGACCUAAACGAUGCUGAGGUGGUGUGUAGACAGGUGGGAUGUGGCAGUGCUCAGGCUGCUCCAGGCAGUGCCCACUCUGGACAGGGCAGCGGGCUCAUCUGGUUGGAUGAUGUGAGCUGUUCUGGAAGUGAAUCCUCCCUGUCAGAGUGCCAGCACUCUGGGUUUGGGUCUCACAACUGUGGUCAUCAUGAAGAUGCGGCUGUGGUUUGCACUGCCGGUGCCCAGGUCAGACUGGUAGGUGGAGAUGAUCAGUGCUCUGGCAGAGUAGAGAUCUACAAUGAUGGCCAGUGGGGAACAGUGUGUGAUGACUCCUGGGACCUAAACGAUGCUGAGGUGGUGUGUAGACAGGUGGGCUGUGGCAGUGCUCAGGCUGCUCCAGGCAGUGCCCACUCUGGACAGGGCAGCGGGCCCAUCUGGUUGGAUGAUGUGAGGUGUUCUGGAAAUGAAUCCUCCCUGUCAGAGUGUAGACACUCUGGGUUUGGGUCACAUGACUGUACUCACCCAGAAGAUGCUGCUGUGGUUUGCUCUGCCGGUGCCCAGGUCAGACUGGUAGGUGGAGAUGAUCAGUGCUCUGGCAGGGUGGAGAUCUACAAUGCUGGCCAGUGGGGAACAGUGUGUGAUGACUCCUGGGACCUAAACGACGCUGAGGUGGUGUGUAGACAGGUGGGCUGUGGCAGUGCUCAGGCUGCUCCAGGCAGUGCCCACUCUGGACAGGGCAGCGGGACCAUCUGGUUGGAUGAUGUGAGCUGUUCUGGAAGUGAAUCCUCCCUGUCAGAGUGCCAGCACUCUGGGUUUGGGUCUCACAACUGUGGUCAUCAUGAAGAUGCUGCGGUGGUUUGCUCUGGUAGGAAAUAUUUUUCCGGUGCCCAGGUCAGACUGGUAGGUGGAGACGAUCAGUGCUCUGGCAGGGUGGAGAUCUACAAUGAUGGCCAGUGGGGAACAGUGUGUGAUGACUCCUGGGACCUAAACGACGCUGAGGUGGUGUGUAGACAGGUGGGAUGUGGCAGUGCUCAGGCUGCUCCAGGCAGUGCCCACUCUGGACAGGGCAGCGGGCUCAUCUGGUUGGAUGAUGUGAGCUGUUCUGGAAGUGAAUCCUCCCUGUCAGAGUGCCAGCACUCUGGGUUUGGGUCUCACAACUGUGGUCAUCAUGAAGAUGCUGCGGUGGUUUGCUCUGCCGGUGCCCAGGUCAGACUGGUAGGUGGAGACGAUCAGUGCUCUGGCAGGGUGGAGAUCUACAAUGCUGGCCAGUGGGGAACAGUGUGUGAUGACUCCUGGGACCUAAACGACGCUGAGGUGGUGUGUAGACAGGUGGGCUGUGGCAGUGCUCAGGCUGCUCCAGGCAGUGCCCACUCUGGACAGGGCAGCGGGACCAUCUGGUUGGAUGAUGUGAGCUGUUCUGGAAGUGAAUCCUCCCUGUCAGAGUGCCAGCACUCUGGGUUUGGGUCUCACAACUGUGGUCAUCAUGAAGAUGCUGCGGUGGUUUGCUCUGCCGGUGCCCAGGUCAGACUGGUAGGUGGAGAUGAUCAGUGCUCUGGCAGGGUGGAGAUCUACAAUGCUGGCCAGUGGGGAACAGUGUGUGAUGACUCCUGGGACCUAAAUGACGCUGAGGUGGUGUGUAGACAGGUGGGCUGUGGCAGUGCUCAGGCUGCUCCAGGCAGUGCCCACUCUGGACAGGGCAGCGGGACCAUCUGGUUGGAUGAUGUGAGCUGUUCUGGAAGUGAAUCCUCCCUGUCAGAGUGCCAGCACUCUGGGUUUGGGUCUCACAACUGUGGUCAUCAUGAAGAUGCUGCGGUGGUUUGCUCUGGUAGGAAAUAUUUUUCCGGUGCCCAGGUCAGACUGGUAGGUGGAGAUGAUCAGUGCUCUGGCAGGGUGGAGAUCUACAAUGCUGGCCAGUGGGGAACAGUGUGUGAUGACUCCUGGGACCUAAAUGACGCUGAGGUGGUGUGUAGACAGGUGGGCUGUGGCAGUGCUCAGGCUGCUCCAGGCAGUGCCCACUCUGGACAGGGCAGCGGGCUCAUCUGGUUGGAUGAUGUGAGCUGUUCUGGAAGUGAAUCCUCCCUGUCAGAGUGCCAGCACUCUGGGUUUGGGUCUCACAACUGUGGUCAUCAUGAAGAUGCUGCGGUGGUUUGCUCUGGUAGGAAAUAUUUUUCCGGUGCCCAGGUCAGACUGGUAGGUGGAGAUGAUCAGUGCUCUGGCAGGGUGGAGAUCUACAAUGCUGGCCAGUGGGGAACAGUGUGUGAUGACUCCUGGGACCUAAAUGACGCUGAGGUGGUGUGUAGACAGGUGGGCUGUGGCAGUGCUCAGGCUGCUCUAGGCAGUGCCCACUCUGGACAGGGCAGCGGGCUCAUCUGGUUGGAUGAUGUGAGCUGUUCUGGAAGUGAAUCCUCCCUGUCAGAGUGCCAGCACUCUGGGUUUGGGUCUCACAACUGUGGUCAUCAUGAAGAUGCUGCGGUGGUUUGCUCUGGUAGGAAAUAUUUUUCCGGUGCCCAGGUCAGACUGGUAGGUGGAGAUGAUCAGUGCUCUGGCAGGGUGGAGAUCUACAAUGCUGGCCAGUGGGGAACAGUGUGUGAUGACUCCUGGGACCUAAAUGACGCUGAGGUGGUGUGUAGACAGGUGGGCUGUGGCAGUGCUCAGGCUGCUCCAGGCAGUGCCCACUCUGGACAGGGCAGCGGGCUCAUCUGGUUGGAUGAUGUGAGCUGUUCUGGAAGUGAAUCCUCCCUGUCAGAGUGCCAGCACUCUGGGUUUGGGUCUCACAACUGUGGUCAUCAUGAAGAUGCUGCGGUGGUUUGCUCUGUAGCCGGUGCCCAGGUCAGACUGGUAGGUGGAGAUGAUCAGUGCUCUGGCAGGGUGGAGAUCUACAAUGCUGGCCAGUGGGGAACAGUGUGUGAUGACUCCUGGGACCUAAAUGACGCUGAGGUGGUGUGUAGACAGGUGGGCUGUGGCAGUGCUCAGGCUGCUCCAGGCAGUGCCCACUCUGGACAGGGCAGCGGGCUCAUCUGGUUGGAUGAUGUGAGCUGUUCUGGAAGUGAAUCCUCCCUGUCAGAGUGCCAGCACUCUGGGUUUGGGUCUCACAACUGUGGUCAUCAUGAAGAUGCUGCGGUGGUUUGCUCUGGUAGGAAAUAUUUUUCCGGUGCCCAGGUCAGACUGGUGAAUGGAGAGGGUCAGUGCUCUGGCAGGGUGGAGAUCUACAAUGCUGGCCAGUGGGGAACAGUGUGUGAUGACUCCUGGGACCUAAGAGAUGCUGAGGUGGUGUGUAGACAGGUGGGCUGUGGCAGUGCUCAGGCUGCUCCAGGCAGUGCCCACUCUGGACAGGGCAGCGGGCCCAUCUGGUUGGAUGAUGUGAGCUGUUCUGGAAGUGAAUCCUCCCUGUCACAGUGCCAGCACCCUGGGUUUGGGUUACAUGACUGUGGUCAUCAUGAAGAUGUUGCUGUGAUUUCCGGUGCCCAGGUCAGACUGGUGAAUGGAGAGGGUCAGUGCUCUGGCAGGGUGGAGAUCUACAAUGAUGGCCAUGCCAGCACCCUGGGUUUGGGUUACAUGACUGUGGUCAUCAUGAAGAUGUUGCUGUGA